UCUCUUGGGGGCGGGACCUAGAGGGGGCGGGGCUUCUUCCCCUCAGGUCACGCUCCCACGGUUUGCCCACGGUUAUUUAGACCAGCAGGGAAGCCUGGUAUCUGGGGGUUUAGUCUUGGGGCGGGUAUGGGGGCACGCUGAGGCCGGCCCCGCCGUUCUCGCUUUUGCACGCCCUGCUUUCCAACGCCACUUACGAGCCUAGCGAGCGGUGUCGCGGGCGUAACGUCAUCGCUACGCGUCGCGGGAGUACGGAAGAAGCCUCGACCUCUCUAAGCGUGGGGAGCUGCGCGACAAUGCUGCAGCUAGUCCGGGCUGGGGCGCGGACAUGGUUUCGGCCCAGGGGCUGCCGGGGCCUGAACGCCCUAGCAGAAGAGGCAGUGCAGCAGGCGGAGAAGCCAGAAUCGGUGGCGAGUUUGGGUCUCCAGCCGCCCGUGUUGCGCAAAUGCGAGCUCCCGGUACCGGCGCACCGGCGUCCGGUGCAGGCCUGGAUCGAGUCCCUGCGGGGCUACGAGCAGGAGCGCGUGGGUUUGACUGAGCUGCACCCAGAUGUUUUCUCUACGGCGCCCAGGCUAGAUAUCCUGCACCAGGUUGCCAUCUGGCAGAAGAACUUCAAGAGAAUUAGCUAUGCCAAGACCAAGACAAGGGCCGAGGUGCGAGGCGGUGGGCGGAAGCCCUGGGUGCAGAAAGGCAGUGGGCGUGCCAGGCAUGGCAGCAUCCGCUCCCCAAUCUGGCGAGGAGGAGGCGUUGCCCAUGGCCCCCGGGGCCCCACGAGCUACUACUACAUGCUGCCCAUGAAAGUGCGGGUGCAGGGCCUCAAGGUGGCGCUGACUGUCAAACUGGCCCAGGACGACCUGCACAUCGUGGACUCCCUGGAGCUGCCGACUGCAGACCCCCAGUACCUGAUAGAGCUGGCCCGCUACCGCCGCUGGGGUGACUCUGUCCUCCUCGUGGACUUGGGACACGAGGACAUGCCUCAGAACGUUGUGGCAGCCACCUCCGGGCUCAAGACCUUCAACCUGGUCCCUGCUGUUGGCCUGAACGUGCACAGCAUGCUCAAGCACCAGACCCUGGUCCUGACCCUGCCGACCGUUGCCUUCCUGGAGGAGAAGCUGCUCUGGCACAACUCGCGCUACACACCCCUCUACCCCUUCCGCCUGCCCUACUGCGACUUCCCCUGAGCCCCUUCCCUGCACCUUUCAUGGCCUUCCAUGGUCCAUCGGCGCCCUCCUUCCUGCUGUCCUGCUCUGAGCCAGGUUGAGCCCCUGACGGGCUUGGGAGCCUCCCAUUCGCCCUGGAAGGCAUUGCCCAGCCCCCCUAGUCCCAGGUGAGGGCAGAGGCCACAGUCAGAGUAGCCCAGCAGGCAUCACUACAGGAAGGUGGGGAGGCACAGCUCUCCAGAGAGCCUGACGGAGCUUCUGCCCCAGGUGUCUCUUUUGUGUAAGAUAAAUUUUUAAUUUUUUAAGCCAAGAGGAGAACCAAACAGCUCGUUGCCAUUUUGUGAAUAAUUCCAUUUGGCGAGUUGGGCUCCUUCUGUGGUGCUGGGCACCGCUGGGUACCUCUCCUCAAGGGGCAUCGGCACUGUUUAUAGAAAUGACCCACCAUCAGCUUUCCUGGGUGAGUCAGCCUCGGGGAGUGGCGCCUCCUGAUUGCCAAGCACUCUCAAUAAAGGCUUGCAUCCCUCACAGGGCUUGUGGUCCUUCAGUCCAAGUGUGGGCCUGAGUCCACAGAGGGUACAGUGUGGAAACCUGAACUUUCAUCACAGUGAUUUUCCAGAAGCACAGAGUCAGAAUCAAUGUAGUAGGUAAAUGAGCAAAUAAACUUUCUUAAAACACCAAA